UUCUUUCAUAAUCCUUGUGUUACACUUCCAGGCCCUGGUUAUAUACGCGAUAUUUUGACCCCUUUCUAUGGAUUUUUAUUUUGGAUAAUCUGAAAGCCCUGAAGGAGGAGAAUAGGAUUCGAUUGUUGAGUAAUCUUUGACACGUCAUCGAUUGAUCAAGAGUGACGUCACAAAGGUUACCACGAUGGGCGGAGGCUGUUCGAGAUGCUGCGCCAGCUGUGUAUCGUGUUGCUAUGGCUGCAGGAGGCACCGGUCGUACACACAAAAGAUGACCACGAAAACGGCGGAGCGCGUAUGGUUUUGUGUGAUGGCGUUCACAUUCCUCGCUACACUUGCAAACAUGUUCCUAUGGGUUUCUUCCGAUAACGACGCUGACAGUGUGAACGCGGGUUUCUGGAAGUCGACAGGAGUAUGGUUCCCAUUCUAUUUUACAUUUCAGAUCAUCUCUUACGUAACAUUUGCUUACGUCAUGCUCCUUAUGUUAUUUGGAUUUCUACACAUGGCGCUGGUGGAAAGACUUCAAUUACACAUGAUACAUAAGAUCGGUGUUGUGAUGUCGCUUGUGAUGACGAUAACUCUCCUUGUCUUUGUCAGCAUUCGAUUACGUCAUCUUUGGCAUUUUGUUCCAGAACUUCUGGAGUACAUCGGACCUUUCCUUCAGUUGGUAGCCGUUGCCUUUCUGACCAUCAUGAGUUGGUUUGUUGCCGGAAGUCUAAGCACGCUGCAGAGAAGAGCUGGUAUUCCGUUUCGUGAUGCCUCAUUUUGGUAUUUCUUGGUCCUGAUUGGUCUAUACAUUACGCCGAUUUUCAUCGAAUCACCUUGCAUUAUGACGCAACAUCAUGAAGACAAUCCGCCCAAGCCACUCCUCUUUGCUCACAGAGGCGCGGAAGAGAUUGCUCCCGAAAACACAAAUAUUUCCUUCAUGAUCGCAUUAGAUGACUACGAUGCAUAUGGGAUAAAAACAGAUGUCAGAAUAAGUUUUGAUGGUGUCCCAUAUGUUUUCCACGACGAGAUCCUUACUCGAACCACAAAUGCCAUCGAUACUUUCCCCGAGAACUACCGCCAGCCCGCAGACAUGUUUACCAUGGAUGAACUAAGGGAGCUAGACGCGGGAUCAUGGUUUGCUAGGAAAAAACCUUUCUUGACCGCAUGGUUCAUAUCUGACGAGGAAAAGGAAGAAUUCAGCCAGCAAGGAAUCCUAACAAUGGUUGAAAUGUUUGAGCUCGUUCUCGCCCGCAAGAAAUCUCUCCUCUUCGAUCUACGACCGCCCCCUAGCGAGCAUCCGUACGCAACGUCCUGGCUCAACACAACGAUCGAUGUCAUAACAACGGAGAUCGGGCUUGAUCCAAGUGAAUUCACUUACUGGGAAUCACCCGAUGGCCCUCACUAUGUAUUUUUCAUCCAACUCUAUGAUAACCGGACCAUUCAGAAUGUCUACAAUGACAUCGCAUUCGAAUCAGUAAGGUCCGCCCUUGAAAAUAAUGUGUCUACGAACGUGUGGACGGUGAACGAGGCGUGGCUUUUUCAAUAUUACUGGUGCGCAGGUGCAAGUUCCGUGACUACGUCAUCAAUUCAUACGCUGAGCGGGAAUAAUUCUCUUGUUUGGCAGUUGACUCCUACACAUUAUCUCAUCAUGUGGAUCCUCUUUGAUAUAGCUUCUUUUAUCUGGGUGAUCGUUGUCUUCGUCAUUCAAAUCACAAAAUGUAGGCGACAGAAACAGCGUUUGAGACGGCAUGUUUCUGACGGGUCUACGUAUAACUACCAAUUCGUUGCUAUGUCAGACAAACCAGCGGAUAUGUAUGCCUCGUAAAACGUCCAAUGGUCCACCUGUAUGGCUUAACAGGGUUUGGCCGACGCUUUUUUUUAUUGGGAAGUCGAUACCAGAGAAACCGAAGGGUAUGUCGGUUCAACCGACCAUCACCAAUUUCAUCCUUUAGACAUUCACCACACGGUCCCUAUAAAUAAUUAUGAA